AUGCAAAUCCGCAGUCCAAAGCAUCUGACCAACGAUAUCGACAUCAUCGAUACAACCGCCUCGAUUGCUCACUCCGAGAAUCAAAUAAAUGGAGCUCUAGUUUCUAUCGACUUAAACUGCCCUACAGACUUUAUUUUCGGUCGCAAAAAUCUGGUUGCCAAGUUCAGCCUCUCUUUUACGAUACAGAUUCAAGACGGGUUUCAUAAACCCAUUGCGAUACAACACGCAGAAGUGGGUUACUACACAGUCGACAACGACAUUAAGAAACUGCUGAACGGUUCAAACCGCCAUGACCCCAAAAUAAAGCCGGAUGCUUUCAAAGAUGGAAAGGCUGAUAUCGAAAUACCUCAGCCAAACAAUUAUAAAAGCAAUGAUUCAAUCAAUAUUAGAAUCGUGGUGCUUCUCAACGCUUAUCCGUCAAACUUGGAAGUGUUUGCGUCCAUGGCCAGUUUGUCUACCACGGAUGGGAAAAGCCGACCCAGUCGUGCCUUUAAUAGUGUUACCCUCCCUGAUAUAACGCCAUCUCCGAAUGAAGCAAGACUUCAACGGCUUCUAUGUUGGACCGCAGCACUUGGCCAUGAAAACAUGUUUGCCGCAUAUCUUGACCAAGACCCAUCCAUUCUUUAUGUGGAAGAUGAAUUCGGGAUGACACCGUUCUCAUGUGCAGCCUUCGCCGGCCAGACUUCUGUAAUCCGACGGGCACUACAUCAAGGUGGUAGCGCUAAGGCUAGAGAAAAGACUACUCAGGGGCCUUCACCUCUCGAAGCUGCUGCACUUAAAGACGAUACACGAGUGUUUGUUUCUUUCCUUAUACUGCUCAAAUAUUUUGGGACAUUAAAGGAUGAGAUACUUGAAUUCGGCAAGAUUCCUUCACUAGAAAACAUGCCCUCUCUCGAAAAAAAAGACAUCGAAGACGAGAUCAGCAUAGCGGUACGCAAAGACCAAACAGCAAUUAUCGAAAAAUUGGUCCAAAUGCGGCUCGAAAAAGAGACUGAGAGGGAAGAAUGGCUAGCACGCCAGAUGGUGCAAGCAGCAGGCACAGGAGCCCUCAGUCUUGUUCAGGUUUUAAAAUCGCGCGGUGCGAAAGUUCACACAGAAGUCGAAGUGGUGGUUGACGGGGAAGUUAAUCAUAAGACGACGCCGCUUAUGAGCGCAAUAGAAGCGAACAGAACCAAGGUUGCGGAGUUCCUUAUUACUCAUGGUGCUGGGGACGAGGACGCCUUACGACUUGCGGUCGCAAAACACAGGCACAGUAUUAUUCGAGCACUAUUACAAGCCGGAGUCCUGGCCAGGGUAGACUUCAAAAAGGAGCUGCUCACCACCGCGACCAGAGAGAAAGACUCAACAACUGUCAGGCUUCUCGAAUUCGAGAAGGGUACCGGAAAGUUGGCAUCCUCGACAGACCUGAAUCCAAACGUUGAUAAGCACUUUGAAGCAACAGUAGUCACUUUCCACGAAGAGAAAACCCCAGAAUUUGAAGAGCUAAGUGUAACUGAUUUAAUGAGGAAACCAGACGGUUUUUUUUCGCUAAAUAGGAAAGCUCAUAAUUUUAAAUGGUUUCACUUGCCAGCGAACAAUAUGAAAUGGGCUGAGGUGAGCUUUAUUUGCAAAAUCUAUCACGAAGACCCUUCGUUGGCUUAUAAGGUCCUGGAACCAAAUCGAUGGGUCAAGAGACAACAUGAAGGAGCAAGAGGCUCUCCACACGCUCGCUUCAUGAUGCCAGCAUGCCACGACUUUUCAGAGGCAUUCAAAGAUAAAGAGAGAUUUGGAAAUCUUAAAAAAGAUAGACAUGUGGUUCUCUACAUGCCUUAUCUUCAUUGGGAUGAAGAAGAAGCAAUGCAAAACAGAUCAAAUUUCCUAGCAGAAGGGGUUUCUGGUAGAGAUACCUUCCCUCGCCGUGAGCGGAAUGAGCCCUCCGAGAAUCUUGAAAAAUCGGAAAAGGAUGAGAUGCUAUUAAGAACAUACCUGCUGUCUGAAAGUAAUCACGAUCUCAACUUUCGUCACGUUCUCCAUAUUCGAAGGACUUUGGACGAAUAUCUAUAUCACAAUUUGACAGACACGAUAAUUCGAGAUGCCGAUCAAACCGUUCACCGAUAUCAGAAGAAGUUAAAUAAAAAAACGCAACCGGAGGUGGAAGAUCCGUUGACAGUCAUUAUGGUGGAUCAACUUUGGCUUUGGAUUCUCGUUGAUCAAUCGGGGAAAGCCAAGGCGAUCGUCACAUGCUUCCCAUCUAGAGAUUGGUCCGACGUUGAAUUGAAGGCUUCGCUGUUCACUCAGAAGAGGUCGAUAUUAGAUCAAGGGCGCACCACCGACGUCUUACAGAGUACGAGAUCCUACAUCCAACAGAGGCCCGAUGCCGUGAAAACACCAUACGACCUUGCAGGGGUUAUUGCUACCAGGUGCUCAAGAGCACUUCUUGAUCACUCCACGGAUAUGCUAAACUUUGCAGAGGUUUAUGAAAACUCCAUUAGUGAUAUUAUGAACGAAGAGACCUUGCUCUUCAACACAUUCAAUAGUUUGAUGCAGACUCGCACCAAGAUUUUGGAUAAAUUUGAAGGGAUGACGAAGCUUGAAAACAUAUCGGAAAAAGAUGAUCCUUAUCAAAGUUCAGCAGACCUGAUCGUGGACAACAUUCAGUGGCUCCUACGACAGGAGAAGGUUCCUCAAGAUUCCGUGGGACUUUGCCACAAAUAUCGCGAGCACUCUCUGGAAUCGGAUGUUCCGAGUAUCGAGGACAUUAAUAAUCUAGAGAUAUACGGCGAGAACAGACGGGAUGAGUACCUCAGAAAGCUGCUCGAGAGGUUUGGUCGAUUUUAUGCUCUUGACAUAAAUAGAGAGAUUACCCUUCUCAGCCAGAUUAAGGAUAUUCAGAACGAGCUGGAAACGAUGCAAAUGGUAUUUACAGAGCAGAACGAAGUUCUCAAAGCAAUGGAUCGGAUCAUUCGCACCAUGGAACAACGGGAUUCCGACACAAACGACAAUAUGAAACCCGCGAAGUUGCACUAUCGAAGGGGUCCUAGAAGCAGGAAGAUGCAAGAAUACGACUCUGAAGAGAUUCAGGACAGAUUUAGAGACUACGACUACCCCUCCAGCAUCGAUAUUUUGCCUGUGGUAACACGGAGUAGUAUUUGGGGCUUGGGCCAUCAGGAACAAAGCCUUCCACUUCGUACCGUUCGUCGGCAUUCUAACCAAAUUCAAGAAAUGCUUAAGCGCGCUAAAAACACCAAUAAAGCGCUGAGUAGCCUCGUUGAUAUGAAACAGAAACAAAGCAACGUCAUUGCCACCCGCGAUACCCCUAUUCAGGGUGAACAAUUACAUUUAAUGACUGUAAUGACGCAGGAGGGUGGGAAUCAGAGCAAAGCCCUGAUGGUGUUUACAAUUGUUACCAUUAUUUUUCAACCUCUAUCUUUCAUCGCUGCCUUCUUCGCUAUCCCUACUAAAGAGUUCGGUAGCGACAAUUUGACAUUAAGCUUUGUGUCAAAAAUUACAUUCCCAGUAUCUACCGCAAUCUCAGUUCUGAUCAUCAUUAUUGGAUUUCCCGCGUCCUAUGCGCCCUAUUGGCGAUUAGACGAGGCCAUCCAUCGACUUCUCGCCAAGUUCCGCAGAAGUAGCAAAUUCGACAGCGAUUCUAACCAAAAUGAUGGUGGGCUAGUGUAACAAGACCUUUCAUACUGAUGACCAUUUAAAGUUCAUAUUGCUAAUAUUGCUUUUCUCUGGUCUAUACUGAUGGCGACUCUGAGGAGGAACAAAAUCCUAUAUAUGUUGUCCAUCUCAUCUGGCCCAAGUUACAUGCUUCCUGUAAUUGCCAAUCACCAUAUGGUUUCACAGAAUGUUUAAUAUCGGAUGGUUUCAUUUUAAUCUAGUUAGCCAACAUGUCUCUUUCU